CUAGGUAACGCUUGUCACGCAACAAGGAACAUUUAGGCUUUAGGCUGUUGAUGGAGUAGUUGAAUUUAUAUUCAUAACGAAUUCAGUGGAUUUUAAGUGACUUGUAUACUGUUUGUAACAGUAAUUGAUUAAAAUAUGGCACACUACAAAGGAGCAGCCAGUGAAGCUGGCCGAGCAAUGCAAUUGAUGAAGAAGAGAGAAAUUGCACAGCAAGAGAUAGAAUUGCGGAAAAAGAAAAUUGAAGAUGACUUGAAGAUUCAUAAUAUAGAGAAUAAAUUUGCAACUCAUUAUAAUGCAGUGGAACAGCAAUUAAAGACUUCCACAAUUGGUUUAGUUACACUGAAUGAAAUGAAAGCCAAGCAAGAAAAUAUAGUGAAAGAACGUGAAAGAAAACUUGCUCAAAAGGAACGAGAAAAAGAACAAGAGAAGGAAAGGGCAUUAGCUGCUAAACAAGCAGAGAAGAACAAACAAAAAAGACAAAUUCAAGCUUUGUCUUUUAAUUUAGAUGAAGAUGAAGAUGAAGAUGAAGAUGAAGAAGAGAAAGAAGAAGCUGAGAUUUCUGACGAUGACAGCAUAGGGAAAUCAGAAAAUGUGCAUUGUUACAAACAUGUAAUUAAAAAAAUAAAAAAGAAUCCAGAUGUAGAUACAAGUUUCUUACCAGAUAGAGAAAGAGAGGAGGAGGAAAAUAAGCUUAGAGAAGAAUUGAGGCAAGAAUGGGCUAGAAAACAGAAUGCACUAAAGGAAGAAGAGAUUGAAAUCACAUUCAGCUAUUGGGAUGGAUCUGGCCAUCGUAGAAGUGUUAUAAUGAAGAAAGGUAAUUCCAUUUAUCAGCUUCUUCAAAGAUGUUUGGAAGUUUUGAGGCGUGAAUUUAGCGAGCUUAAAACAGUAAUGGCAGAUCAAUUAAUGUAUGUUAAGGAAGAUCUUAUACUACCCCAUCAUUAUACAUUCUAUGAUUUUAUCGUAACUAAGGCACGAGGAAAGAGUGGACCUUUGUUUACAUUUGAUGUUCACGACGACAUUCGAGUUAUGCAUGAUGCUUCUGUUGAAACUGAAGAAUCACACGCUGGGAAAGUUUUACUAAGGUCAUGGUACGAAAGGAAUAAACACAUUUUUCCAGCAAGUAGAUGGGAACCCUUUGACCCUACAAAAAGUUAUGAUAAGUACACAGUGUCCGAUAAAAAUAGAAAAAAAGAUAAAAUCUGAUAAGCUUAGUUUCAAUAUUAUCCGAUAUCAGACAAAAGUAAUAUUUAUUAUAUGCUUUUCUAUUCAAGAAUUUGGAUUUAAACAGACAUAUUAUUGAGUAAAACGUCAAUUUCAUAACUGCUAGCAUCUGAUGCUAAAUCUGAUGUUCUUUGUUUUGUCAUAUAAUUUAACAUUAACAUUGUAAUAUAUGUAUAUAGAUACAUAGAUGUAUUAGUAAUUUUUAUAAUUAUAUCAUUUUGCUGUCUACUCAUUUAUUCGACUAUGAUACAUAUUAUUAAAUGUAAAAAGAGGAUUUGAGGUUUUAUGUAAAAAAAAAGAAAAUGUGAAUAUUUUAUUGUGAUUUCAUUAUCCAUUUAUCGACAAUAGUAUAACAUUAAUUUAUAGUAGAUAUUAUUGAAAAAUCUAUUUACAAUUCAAGUGUAUUAUCAUCAGUAAAAACUGUACAAAAUGUAUAAAUACAAUUAUGUUCAACCAGAA